GGCGGCGGCCCCGGCCCCGGGAGCGGCGGCGGCGGCGCCGCCAUGAAGCGGGACGUGAGGAUCCUGCUGCUGGGGGAGGCCCAGGUGGGGAAGACGUCUCUGAUCAUGGCGCUGGUGGGCGAGGAGUUCCCCGAGGAGGUGCCCCCCCGUGCCGAGGAGAUCACGAUCCCGGCGGACGUCACGCCCGAGAAGGUGCCCACGCACAUCGUGGACUACUCAGAGUCGGAGCAGACGGAGGAUGAGCUGCAGGAGGAGAUCGCUAAGGCCAACGUGGUCUGCGUGGUGUACGAUGUCACCAAGGAAGUCACGAUCGAGAAGAUUCGCACGAAGUGGAUCCCCAUGGUGAACGGAGGAGCUGAGAAGGGAGCCAGAAUCCCCAUUAUUUUGGUGGGGAACAAGUCUGACCUGCAGAUGGGCAGCUCCAUGGAUGUCAUCCUGCCCAUCAUGAACCAGUUCUCGGAGAUUGAGACCUGCGUGGAGUGCUCCGCCAAGAACCUCAAGAACAUCUCUGAGCUCUUCUAUUACGCUCAGAAAGCUGUGCUGCACCCCACCGCCCCCCUCUAUGACCCGGAGGAGAAGCAGCUGAGACCCGCGUGUGCACGAGCACUGACCCGGAUUUUCAACCUCUCGGACCAGGAUAACAACCAGAUCCUGAGCGAUGAUGAGCUCAACUACUUCCAGAAAUCCUGCUUUGGAAACCCGCUGGCUCCCCAGGCCCUGGAGGACGUGAAGAUGGUUGUGUGGAAGAACACCACGGAUGGGGUGCAGGACAACGGGCUGACGUUAAACGGCUUCCUCUUCCUCAACACGCUCUUCAUCCAGAGGGGCCGGCACGAAACCACCUGGACCAUCCUUCGCCGCUUUGGCUACGACGACGAGCUGGAGCUGACAGACGACUACCUGCACCCGCAGUUCCGCCUGCCCCCCGGCUGCUCCUCGGAGCUCAACCACCUGGGCUACCAGUUCCUGCAGCGGCUGUUUGAGAAGCACGACAAGGACCAGGACGGUGCCCUCUCGCCCACGGAGCUGCAGAGCUUCUUCAGCGUCUUCCCCUGCGUGCCCUGGGGCCCCGAGCUCUACAACACGGUAUGCACCACUGAUAAAGGCCUGCUUUCCCUGCAUGGAUUCCUCUGCCAGUGGACGCUCGUGGCCUACCUGGACGUGCGGCACUGCCUGGAGUGCCUGGGCUACCUGGGCUACCCCAUCCUGUCGGAGCAGGACUCCCAGACGCAAGCCCUCACAGUGACCCGGGAGAAGAGGAUUGACCUGGAGAAAGGGCAGACCCAGAGAAACGUCUUCCUCUGCAAGGUGCUGGGAGCCAGGGGCGCAGGCAAGUCCGCCUUCCUGCAGGCCUUCCUCGGCAGGAGCCUCGCGGCCCAGAGGGAGACCCCGGGAGAGCCGUCCCUCUACGCGAUCAACACCGUGCAGGUCAAUGGCCAGGAGAAAUACCUUAUACUGUACGAGGUCAGCGCUGACACAAAGUUCACGAAGCCGUCGGACGCCGCCUGCGACGUCGCCUGCUUGAUCUAUGACCUGAGCGACCCCAGAUCCUUCAGCUACUGUGCCAGUAUUUAUAAGGAACACUACAUGGACAGCCAGAUCCCCUGCGUCUUCGUGGCCUCCAAGACAGACCUGCCAGAAGCCAGUCAGCAGCCCGGGCUGUCCCCCGCCGAGUUCUGCUACAAGCACUGCCUCCCGCCGCCCUUCCUCUUCUCCUGCCACAGCCAGGGCCCGCCUGGCACCGCCGUCUACACCAAGCUGGCCACCGCCGCCACCUUCCCCCACCUGAACGCCACGGAGCUGGGAGCCGCCUCCUUCUGGCUGCGGGUGGCCCUGGGGGCCGCGGUGACCGCCCUGGUAGGCUUCACGCUGUACCGCGCGCUAGCCAAGAACAAGUGAGAGCUGCUCUCCGCCCCGCCACACCAGCCUCCCCCUUCCCCUGCGUCCAGCUGGUCCCUGCUGGGAAAUCCUCCUCCCCCCCAGCCUCGAUUGCAGGACCAGUGAGACCAGACGUCCCAGCACCAGCAGCAGGAUCGAUCCUCGGCACCAGCCGGGCGGCUGGGGACCCCUCCCUGGGAGCCGAGAGGCUCACCCCCGUCUUUUAUUCUGUUCACGUCUUUUUAAUGUUUGUUUUUAUGCUCAAACCCGAGUGCUGCAGUAUCCGUGGGGCAGAUACAUCCCGUCCACAGCAGGCUGUGCUGGUGCCCUCAGGUCUCCAUUUCCCUCUGCUGGGAAAGGCAGCCAGGGAGGGCUGGGGGUGCUCGCUGCCCAAACCCCACUUUUGGGGUCUCUCCUGGCCCCUCCUGUUGGGAUGUCGUGGCUGCAGCCCCCAGCCCUGGGCUGUGAGGGGCAGGAGCAACACCUGGGCCCCAUCCCAGGCCCUUUUCUGUCUCCUGUUUCUGUCCUGGAGUGCUGCAGCGGGAUCUUGACCCACCUGCCCUCCUCCCCUGGCUGGCUGCGUGUCCUGUCCCCUCCCCACCCCUCCUGUAUUCCCGGGGGGGGGCCGAGGGCCGGCUGUUCUCCUUCCCUGGCCGUGCCAUGGCCGAGCUGGUGCCACAUGCUGGCACGUGGCCCUUGUCCUGCUGUCCCCUCCGCAGGGACCGAGGCCGGAGCAGGUGCCUCCGGGCUUUGCAUCUCCUGGUACGACUGGAACCACAUCUAUGCCCCGUUCCCAGCCCCAUCAUGGGCAGCUGGCAUCUCAGCCCAGUUUGGGGCCAGCCCCGCCCCAGUGCCCCAGAAACGGAGCCCCCAGGCAGCUCUGUGCCCAGCUCCCCCCUCCCCAGGCUCCCACCCUGCUUCUGCCACGCUGCGGGGAGCCCGGGGAAGCUCCUGGUCUAGAGCCGUGCCCCAGGCUCAAGGGCUACACUCAGGGUAGGCUGAUUUACAGGCAGCUGCCUUUCUGUCCGUCUAGUUAAAGUUUUAUUGUGGCCUGGAGCCGGCGAGGGCUUGGAGACGCCACCUCUGUCCCCCAUCCCACGUGGCGUGGUGGUGGCACUGUCCCCAGUGCUCGCUGCUGGCUCGCGGGUCCUGGCACCGCCGGGGCCACCUCUUCCAUUCCUGUUCCCACUCCCCGUGCCCCAGCUGGGGAAUGCGUCCCGUGGGGCAGAGCCCUGGGGCGCGGGGCUGUCCCCGUGCCCGUCACCGCUCCAGGUCUGGUCUUUUAGGUUUGUUCUCUAUAACGAAAUAAAUUUUUACACGCCUUCCGCUCGCA